UUUACUAUAUUAUAUUAAGUUCUUAGAUUAGAAAAACAUAAUAAUCAUGUUUUGGGAGAAAAAAACACUAGUAGAAGAAGGAGAUGUAGUAAUUAUAUGGCUGACAAGAGAACAAGUCCAUUCUAUUGUCAUUGAGAGAGGAAAAGUCUUUAAUAAUAAGUUUGGAACUUAUGCACAUUCAGAUAUUAUUGGAUUACCUUAUGGAUCUCAGGUUCCAAGCUCCAAUGGUGCAGGAUAUUUACAUAUUCUAAGGCCUACGCCUGAAUUAUGGACUAGAGCAUUGCUUCGUAGAACACAGAUUGUUUAUACACAUGAUAUUAGCUUUAUACAAAGUAAAUUAAGAAUUCAGAGAGGAAUGACAGUUAUAGAGGCAGGAACAGGGAGUGGAAGCAUGACUCAUGCUCUUGCACGAGCUGUUGGGUUAACAGGAAGAGUAUUUUCAUAUGAAUAUCAUGAAAAAAGAUAUAAAGAGGCACUUGAUGAGUUUAAACAAAAUGGAAUUUUAGUACCUAAAGGACCGGUUAUUCUGUGUUAUCAGGACGUUAUUACAGAUGGAUUUUAUGUUAAGGAUUAUGAGGUUAUAGCUCAUGCAGUAUUUAUUGAUUUGCCAGCACCAUGGAAAGUAAUUUGUAAAAUGAUUCCUCAUUUUUCUAAGGAGAGACAAACUAGGAUUUGUUGUCUCAGUCCAUGCAUUGAACAGGUUCAAAAAACACUUAAACACCUUCAGAAAUACGGGUUCUAUGAUAUAGAACUCUCAGAAGUGAAUCAUUGUGAAUGGAUUGCAAGAAAAGUAGAAUAUAAAGAUAUAUUAGAAGCAGCACAGCGUAUUCAUGAGGUACAAGAGAAUAGAAGGAAUGGAAAACAACAUAACAGUGGAGAUGUACGUCCGGCAAAGAGAAUUAAAGAAGGAGAAGAAGGUAGGAAUUGGAAAGAUGUAGGAAGAAUGGAAAAAAAUGUUAAAAAUCAUACAAGUUAUCUUACAUUCGGGACUUGGCUUCCUCUUUCUCAAUAUUAUCAAAUACCAGCACAUAAAAAUGAUAUAUCAUACAUAAAAAAUGAGAUUGAAGAUACUGACUAUGAUACAAAUAAUUUAGAAACUUCAUCUUAAUAAAUUUUCACAAUAAAACGAAAUAAUUAAUUUUUAAACAAAGAAA